AUAUGUACAGGUAGUCACUGUGUAUGUAUGGGGGGGAGGUAUUGAUAUUGUGUGUAUACAUGUAUCACAUAUGUGCAUUAUUUUUUUAGGGGUGGGGAUAUAUAGAGAGAGACAUAGCUACACAGAUAUGUAGAUAUAGAAAUAUAUAGAUAGAUACAGAUAUUGAAAUAUAGAGAUAAAUAGAUAGAUAUAGAUAUACAGAUAUACAGAAAUACAGAUAUAUAUAGAUACACACACACAUGCUCAUGCUCUGGGUGCUGGUGCACAUGUGGGUGCAGGCUCACAUUUUGGGGAGGCUGUGCUGGAGCUCUGUGUGCCGAACCCCCCCAUGUCUGGGGGUGGUACCAGCUCACCCCUGAGCCCUCUGGGGGUGUGUGGGGGGUUAUUGCUGUGUCCCCUGACCCGCUGUCUCCCGCAGGGCUGGCUGGGUGCCCUGGCACUGCUGGGCGUUCUGGUGCUGUGCCGGGGGCUGCGGCGCCCUGGGGGUCUCCCGCACUCCCACCCCGUGCUGUGCUACAGCGGCGCAGAGCUGGGGGACGAGGCCCCCGCGCAGCUCCUGGGGCGCAGCCUGCGCUGGGACCGCUACGUGCCCGUGCAGCUGGUGCCACAGCUGGAGCAGCUGGAGAGAACCAGGCACCGGCGGCACCGGCGGCACCGCCCGCACGGCUGCCCUGCACUGCAGACCCAUGCCAGCCUCCGCAGCGAACCCAACGAGCGCUCCAUCUCCCCGUGGCGCUACCGCAUCGACGAGGACGAGAACCGGUACCCGCGCAAGUUGGCCUUCGCCGAGUGCCUGUGCAGCGGCUGCGUGGAUGUCAAGACCGGCCGGGAGACGACGUCGCUCAACUCAGUGACCAUCCACCAGACCAUGAUGGUGCUGCGGCGCAAGCCCUGCCCACACCCCACCGGGCUGGGCCUCGUCACCUUCGAGGUGGAUUAUAUCAAGGUGCCCGUGGGCUGCACCUGCGUCCUGCCCCGCACCAGGCGCUGACCCUCCCCUGCUCCCGUGGAGCCCCCGUAGUGUGACCGUGUCACCGCAUCCCCCUCACCCGUGCUUGUUUUAGAGCACCCACCCACAGCCAGGGCAUCCUCCCAGCCCCUCACCUCAUUAUUUAUGAGUUAUUUAUAAGCCUUGCAGCCAGGGGGCUUUUUUUACCCUGUAUUUAUUGCUGACUCCCCUGGCUGCAGCUGUGACUCCGGGUCCAGCAUCGCCCCACAGUGCUCGAGACCCCCCGGCCAGACCUUGCGAGCGCUGCCCGGGCACUCGCUGGUUAUUUAUUCCCCCUAAAAGCUAUUUAUUGUCUCCUCUCUAUGUGCUAUUUAAUGCUGCAAAUAAAAGCUGACCUUCCCCAAAACAGUCCUUGAUCUGUUCCCAGUCAGGGCAAUGAAAUGUUGGGAAGUGGGGGCACAUCCAUGGGUGUCCCAUGGGGCAAGGUAAGGCUGCGGAAC